AUGCCCCCCAAACCCCGCAGCCCUCGCCUUAACGCCGCCUCCUCCUCCCCCCUCCCAACCAACUCCCUCCCCAGCACCCCGAGAAAUAACAACCUAAAUAACUACCAAAACACCAAAGACCCCAAACCCAAACCCCCUCCACCAACCCACUUCCUCUGCAUCCCCCUCGCCGUCACACCCCAAGCGCGCAAACAACUCUCUGCCUCCCUCGGCCAAUUUAAGCAGGAUGUAUGCGACCCCAGCCUGGGGUACGACCACCACUCUGGUCAUGUUGCCCCCGCCGUGGGAGGAGGACAGUUACCUGUACUGGGGUCCGGUUCAGCGGGGGCGUUCGCCCUACCGGAGGAUGCGGUGCGCCCGGUCGGGACGGUACAUUUAACUUUGGGGGUUUUCGGGUUUGGGGAGGGGAAGAAGGCGAAAAAAAGGAGGGACGACCCCGAGGGGCAGGGUCAAGCUCGGGGGGAGGGGGAGGAAACACAAGAGCAGGAGUUGUCCGGCCCGGAGAAACUGGCCAAAGCCACCUCUCUGCUUCAAUCCCUCCCCUUAAAGGAAAUCUGGUCCUCCGUCGUGCAAGACAUAUUUUCUCGCAUCAGCGGCAAACUUCCCUCCAAUUCUCCCGCCCUCUCCACGUUGUUAUCUUCCGACCGGCCGAGUAUCACGUUGAAAGGAUUAGCCUCGAUGCAGCCUCCUUCGCGAGCAGCUGUACUGUACGCACCACCAGUUGAUGAACUAGGUGCGCUACAGCUGUUUUGUGAACGUGUGCGGGAUGUGUUCAGGCAAGAAAAACUCAUGACCGACGAGGGAAGGCCACUAUUACUCCAUGCGACGGUGGUGAAUACUAUCUACAUUAAAAACCCCAACUUCAACACUACUAACGACAACCGUCGCGGCGGGCAUGGCCGAGGCGGCAAAGGCAAAGGAAGGAAUAGUGGAGGAGGAGGAGGGAAGUGGGAUAGACUGGUGUUCGACGCGACCGGGAUCAUUGAGCGGUAUGAAGAGAAAGUAUGGGUGCAGGAUGUGCCGGUUGAUCGAGUGGCGAUAUGCAAGAUGGGGGCGAAGAAGUGUGUGCUAGAUGGGGUGGAGGACGAGGCGUAUGAGGUUGAGGCAGAGGUUGAGUUUUAG